AAAGGAGUCGAGUGGAGUUAGAUAAAAGGAAGCCAGGAGCUGGGGGAGACCAUACAGGCAGCAGGGAAGCAGACACAAGGACUGGCAGUAAAGCUACGGGCAGUGGACAGCUGACACAGACAGCAAGCACAGCUUUUGGGCAUUCUGCAGCCCAGCCGAGAUGGGUCUGAAAGGAGCUGAGAUAGGUUUCAGCCUCUUGGUGCUGUUCCAAUACAGCUAUGCUUACAAGCUGGUCUGCUACUAUACCAACUGGUCCCAGUACCGGCAUGGAGAUGCCGCAUGCCUUCCGGAUAAUAUUGAUGCCAACCUGUGCACCCACGUCAUCUACAGCUUUGCCAACAUAAGCAAUAAUCAGAUUGACACCUGGGAAUGGAAUGAUGUGACGCUCUAUGAAACUCUGAAUGAGCUCAAACAAAGGAACCCCAAACUGAAGACACUCUUGUCUGUGGGUGGAUGGAGAAUGGGUACCAAGAGGUUCUCUGACCUGGCGUCCCAAACUGAGAGCCGAAGGACCUUCAUCAAUUCGGUCACGACAUUCCUGAGGACGUACAACUUUAACGGAUUGGACCUAGCCUGGCUCUAUCCAGGACGGAGAGAGAAAGAAAAUUAUACCUUAUUGCUUCAGGAAAUGGCAGAUGAAUUCUCCAAAGAAGCUAAGAGGACUGGAAAGGAGAGACUUCUGCUCAGUGCAGCAUUGCCUGCUGGGAGGGUCACACUUGAUGCAGGCUAUGACAUCCGCAAGAUCUCUGAAUAUUUAGAUUUUAUCAAUCUCAUGAGUUACAACUUCCAUGGACCCUGGCAAAAGACCGUAGGACACCACAGCCCCCUAUACAGAGGAAGGAAGGAUGAUAGUUACAGCAAUGUUAGAUAUGCUGUGAACUAUAUGCUGAUGAAGGGAGCCCCAGCCAGCAAAGUGGUCAUGGGUAUCGCAACCUUUGCGAAUACAUUCACCUUAGCCUCCGCAGAAUCUGAAGUUGGAGCACCGAUCCUGGGACCUGGGACUGCAGGACUCUACACAGGGGAGCAAGGGAUCCUGGCCUAUUAUGAGGUCUGUGGAUUCCUCCCUGGGGCCACUGUUAAGAGGAUUUUGGAACAACAGGUGCCCUAUGCCACAAAAGGCAACCAGUGGGUAGGAUAUGAGGAUCAGGAAAGUGUCACAGCCAAGGUCCAAUACUUGAAGACUAGGCAACUGGCAGGAGCCAUGGUGUGGGCCCUUGACUUGGAUGACUUCCAGGGUACCUUCUGCAAUCAGAAGCCUUUCCCCCUGACAGGGGCCAUCAAGCUUGCCCUCUCCUCUACUUAGAUCACAGCAUACCAUCUGUCUUGCUUCCCAUUCUUUCUGCUUCUGCUCUGGGGCCAGAGCUUUAACCCCAUCUGGGGGGCUAGGAGUAAGAGCUGAGUAUGGGAAAUGUGUCCUAUGGUAAGAAACUGCCCUGGUCAUAAGAAUGUCUGUUAAAGAUCAAAUGUAUUCCUCACUUUUAUUCUCUGCUUCAGGGGCCACUUUGGGAGGUUGGGAGAAUAGGGAGAGACAGGCAGUGAGGACUGAAGACCAGGACCAAGUCUGGCCACACAGUUGACCCUCAUUGAAAACUUGAUGGUGGCUUGAAUGGGCUUCCAGGUCCUGGAACUGUCCAUGGGCUGAUACCUAAGCCCCCUAACCUUCAAACCCCCAUCAUCGAUGGAUACUCACUCCAUAACCUAGAAUGGCAAUCCUUCUUCUCAUUCCAGGGCCCUGCACUAGGAUGGGCCGCCGCAUAGUCUUGCUUGUUUUCCUUAGAGAAGAGGUUUGGCUUUAACCCUGAAGGAUUUUCCUUUCUAUUUUCUUUACUGUUUAUUUGAAUAAUAAAGGGAACAAUUCAAAAGUC